AUGUCCAAUCUGACAAGCGGAAAUCUAUGGUCCUUCCCAACGACUGCGGAGUUCUUCAAGGUUCCAUUUUAUCCCCUCACCUUUUCUCCCUCCACACCGAUGAACUUAGAUCCCCUAACGACUGUCUUUUGGUUAAGUAUGGUGAUGUAGUUGUUGGACACUCUCAAAAAUCUGAUGUACCUCCAGUCUCUGAAGGAUGGCCUUAACCAUGUCCUAGUAUGGUCUGAGGAAAAUGGUCCCCUAGUGAACAACCAAAAAUCAGUUCAGUGUAUUUCCUGACUGCGGCCCUAUCCUAGUCCUGAAUCCUCUGACAUCCGUCCUAACGAGAUAUCCUCUUUCAGGUACCUUGACGUUACUUUGUCCUCAAACCUUUUAUUUUCCCUCCAUAUGGAGUCCGUAUUUACUAUAGUUCGUAAACAUCUUUAUUACAUCCGUCGUUUAAGUUCCUACCACACCCUCGACACAUAGUCUGGCGAUUCAUCGAUGCCCGCAUUCUUCCUUUUAUUUUUUAUUGUUUUCCUAUCAUUUUUCCUGCUUUGCUCAAAAAAGAUCUUUUAAUUUCAGAACGAGACCUCCGAAUGCUCUCUUCUGCCGCUGGUGUUUCUUAUCUUUUUAGUCGAUACUAUCCUACAACUACAUGUCAAUACGGUCAAGCAAUUUUCUGGUCGGAUUAUGGAUGACGUUGCCCAUCCCCUGCAUUCUGAUCUUAUUUUUGCGAAGUCUUCCCGUCCAUGCGCCGCGGCUUCCGACUUAUGUCUUGUCACACAUAGGCUUUUCGAGCUUCUGUAUUGCCAUUCCUGGCGUGCUAUCUUACGUGUGAAGCCAAGACUUGGACUGUCCACAUAA